UGGCCGUGAGGGGGGGGCGGAACCGGGAACGGAACCGGGAACGGAACCGGGAACGGAACCGGGAACCGGGAUCGGAACCGGGAUCGGAACCGGGAUCGGAGCCGGGGGGCGGCACCGCCAUGAUCCGCUUCAUCCUGAUCCAGAACCGGGCGGGGAAGACGCGCCUGGCCAAGUGGUACAUGCAGUUCGACGAUGACGAGAAGCAGAAACUGAUCGAGGAGGUUCACGCCGUGGUCACCGUCAGGGACGCCAAGCACACCAACUUUGUCGAGUUCCGCAAUUUCAAGAUCAUUUACCGCCGCUAUGCCGGGCUCUAUUUCUGCAUCUGCGUCGACGUCACCGACAACAACCUGGCCUACCUGGAGGCCAUCCACAACUUCGUCGAGGUGCUCAAUGAAUAUUUCCACAACGUCUGCGAGCUCGACCUCGUCUUCAACUUCUACAAGGUUUACACGGUGGUGGAUGAGAUGUUCCUGGCGGGGGAGAUCCGGGAGACGAGCCAGACCAAGGUGCUGAAGCAGCUGCUGAUGCUGCAGUCCCUGGAGUGACCCAAAAAUCCCCCAAUCCACCCCAAAAAUCCCCAAAUCCACCCCAAAAAUCCCCAAAUCCACCCCAAAACCCAGCCCCAAAAUCCCCCAAAGUCACCCCAAAAAAGGGGCCCCUCCCCCCCAUCAGUGUUAUUGUGCUGUGCAGAAAAAUGUGAAUUUUUGUUCUUGGGGAGGGCAAAAAGUGACCAAAAAUGGGAAUAAAAUGAGAAAA